AGUUGUGCUUCCUUUUGGUCAUGAUCCAAGAACCUUCAGUGUCUGAAGCUGACCAGCGAGAGAGAGACGGAGAGAGAGAGACGGGUGGGGGGGGCUCUUAUCUCAAGCCUGCAGGCACUUUUUUUACUCUUAUCAACAUCACCAUAUUGUACAAGUACAUCCUCCUGUCCAGCAGAGAGAGGAAAUCUCUCUCUCUCUUUCUGUCUCUAACUCUCUCUCUCUCUCUUGCACACGCUCUCGUCCAAUACUAGUUUAGCUCAACUGGUGUCCCACUAGAGCACCAUGUCUGUUGGUGAUGGGAGGGGGUACGGGCGCAUGGGCACAUGUGCAUCACUUUUACAUCAGCGCAUGUUCCAGUCGUCUGUCAUUCCUGCAGUGAGGUCAUCGCUCUGUGUCGCAGCCGCAUCUCUAAACUUCACUCAAUGCUGGAGAAACUGGUGGAGAACAGCGCUCAGGAACGGGAAGGAAGUGCAAGGAGAGCGAGUGUGUGAUCGCUUUGCAGACGGCGUGGACACCGAGACACGUUGACUACAGAGAAAGUGAACACAAACACGGUCCAAACAGAUGCGACCUCUACAAUGAAAAGAAUCUGAGAUCAUCAGGAGAACUCAACAGUCUCGGGUCAUGAUGGAGAAAAACGAGUCGCCCGUCUCGCCCUCCUCAGCAUCUCCAUCUGUCCUCCAGCGUGUCAGUCCUGCUCGCACGGGCUCCCCUGAAGCUAAUGUGACUCGUGAUGCAGACACAAUUGCUGCCACAACUGAAUCUGAGGCUACUGGAGCUGAGACGGAUCCGACGACACCUCCCCGGCGAAGCCCCCCAGCUGCAUCCACAGUCUCCAGCGGCGAGCGCGUGUCCUCAUCCUCAUCCUCCUCGACGUCCAUCCCUCCCAACAUCCCGGUCAUCAGCCUGGCUCACAGCAAACCCCCCUUGCCCCCUCUCCCCAUGCUGGCGGCCCCGCUGACAGCCCUGCACCCCGCACCGACGCUCCCGCAUGGCCCUGCAGAGCUGCGGCUGGCCCAACUGUCCUCGAUGUCCGGCGCUGGACCCCCCACUGCCCUCCUGCCUCCACCCUUCCUGCAGACGCACCCCUUCAUCAGCAGCUCUUUCCUCGGACCAUCUGGAAGCUUUGGGAUCUUCAGUAAUGCUCGUGUGAAGAGACGCCCGUCCGCACACUUCGAACUGGAUCUCAAUGACGGUCCUCCUCAGAAGUUGGCUCGGCGCGUCUUCACUAACAGCCGUGAGCGCUGGCGGCAGCAGAACGUAAACGGCGCUUUCUCUGAGCUCCGUAAACUCAUCCCGACACACCCGCCCGACAAGAAGCUCAGCAAGAACGAGAUACUGCGACUCGCCAUGAAGUACAUCAACUUCCUCGUCCAGCUGCUGAACGACCAGACGAGCGAUCAGGCGUGUAAAAGCACGACGGACGGCGUGGCAGAGGGUCAGGAUGGGAGGAAGGACGAAAGCGAGGAUUUGGGAAACGGCAGCUCACCGUCUUGCAAAAACAGAGACUCCAUGGACUCCAUGAUGGCGUCGUCUGGCUCCAGCUGCUACGGCGACACGGACAGCGAGGAGAGCUCGGGUCCUCGAACCUGCGGCAUUGAGACGAAACAUAGCGGGAUCACAGAGAAGGUUCAGGAACAGAUACUAGCGGUCACAGCAAGCAGUUACCAGCGGUGACCAAUACCAACCACAAACUGGAGACAACGUAUGGGUGUUCAACCCUCAAAUGCGUAUAAACUCUUGAUGAAAACAUUGACCUUUUGUGUGGAAUGACAGCGAAUUCAUUGUUAACUUCAUGGCUUGUGUUCCUGGUCCAUGUUUCAUGUGUCACAUAAUGCUUCACGUCUGUCACUUCUCCAUUUAAUUUCCUCUCACUGAUAUUUCGAGGAGCUGUAACACACAGCCGCUCAGACAGGGAAUAAAUAGUCUGUGGGUUCUUUGUGUCAGACGGCAUCAUGCGAUCACGGGUACCUCAAACUUCACAUUUACCACAGUCUCAAGCACUCUAACUGGAUUAUUUAAUAUUGUGUUGAUCUUUUGACUCUUUCCUGCAAAAUGGAGACUAACGGAGAGCUGUUUAAAGAGCCCGUAGAAGAGCUAAUGAUGGCAGCUCACAACAAUGUUCUCACUCUGAUUUCAGUGUGUUCUAGAUUCUCUGUCUUAGAUGUUUGGAUGAUGUGAAGCUUUGUUAUCCUCCUCAGUUUGCAAUUCAACUGAUCUUGGUCUGAAUAAAAUACAGUUUCAGAUUU